UUCAUUCAGAGCAAGACAAGACACCGGAUGAGCCGACCGGAGCAUUCAAUGUCCGUUUCAUCCAGUGAUAAUAAGUAUAAAAAUGGCAUAUUCCCAAAGUGUCUGGCUCAUAUUCUGUUACACACCGCAUCGGCGAGCACCUCCGCGUUGAUCUGUGAAGCAGAUUGCGCUGUUUUCGUUUCUAUAAAAAAAGUGCUUAACGGUCAACAUGAACAGUUUUUCGGACAACGGUUUACUAGGCGAUUCUAGAAUUAUUGGUGCCAUAGAAAUUAGGUCACUGGAUAGUGGAAUGUGAUCUGGCAGUGAUUGGUCGCCAGGUUUGUUCCGGUGUUCGUUGAAUUCGGUUAAUACGCGGAGUAUCCCACGCAUAAUUUCAUUUGGAUUAUCGAUCGUACCACGGCGAAGGUGUGCAAACAGGAUCAUGAAACCGACAUUUAUAGUUCUUCUUUUUCUAACAAUGCUCCUUAUUACGAACGUCAGUGCAAGAGCAGUGCGCAGAUCAUGCGGGAAGUACUUAGCGGAUCGAAUCUCCGAUCUUUGCAAAGUUCGUGGUGGAUAUUCCCAGCUAGGCUCUGUUGACGGCGGAAUGCAGCCCUACCGCCGCAGGAAGCGAGGAAUAGUCGACGAGUGCUGCAAACAGAGCUGUACAGACGCUGCUCUUAUGCAGUAUUGCAUGGAACAAGUGGAAGAACCGGAGGAGGUCGUGACGUCCAACGAGGAGAGCAAGCCCACGACUCCGGCAACAACGGAAAAGAUCGUCAAACAACCCCUAUUUACGACGAAAUUUCCCUUCAAUACGCUGCCUAUGGAGUUCGGAACGGUGCGACCGGAGUUCUACAGGAUAAAUGCCAAAUACAUGGGUAGCAAGCGAAAACAGUACUACCACAUCUACUAGAAUGUAAUGAGACUCGGGCGAAUGUGAUAUUUGUAAAUAGUGAACGCUCAUAAAGAACUGAAUCAAAGGGUGAGAUCCUUAUAGACUGUGAUUUAAAUGUUAGAGCAUAAAUAAAAAAGUUCUAGUCAACUACGAUGAAAUAUAAAAUAAGAAUGAAAACAA